GUGACAAAAACUCCCACAAUAUACACCAUCACAUCACCGGUUACAAAAGUAUUUGCAAAAACAUACUCUCUUUCGCAUCUUGUUUGUAUGAUUUCAGUUGUUAAAUUCACUUCUUAUUUUGCAUCUGCCACGACGAGAGACUGGCUGAGUCAUUACAUAUUGCUGACAGACAGUCAAGUGGAAAGAAGAGAAUACUUUUUUGUAGUUUUCCAGUUCGCGAGAUAUUUUAGAUGGGUUCGGUUGAAAGACAAGGAUGAAUUGGAACUGGGAUCCUCCCAUGUCACAACAACAUUAAAAUAUAUUGGAUCGUUCGUAUCUUUAAGAUUCUGAGACUACGUGUGACGUGACGUACUGGACCAUUCUCAUGAAAUUAUUGUACAGCAUAAUAACAAGAAUUAGUAAUAAAUAAAUGGUUGAAAAAAUGUCGAAUACCAUGGGCGGCGGUGACAAUGAAGAAACCCCAGGAACAUUAACAUCCGAGAGAACUGUUCACCAUCCGUUGGAAGAACACGCGAAUGACGUAGAACUCACCAAGGAGAAUGGUCGAAGAACAGCAGACUAUAGUCCUCAAGUUUCGCUGCCCAUUAAAAUUCCUAUUGUUGGAUUUGAAACGAUGGAAGAACGGGCUAAAUUUACUAUCUUUAAACUCCGCGUAGAACACGAGACCCUGGAUGAGAGCUGGUUAGUAUUUCGGCGCUAUACAGAUUUUGUGCGACUUCAUUCUAAGAUCAAAGAUGAUGUGCCUGAUAUCGAAAUUUCUAUUCCGCCCAAGCGGUGGCUAAGGGAUAAUUUUGAAACUGCAUUUUUGGAAGACCGAAUGAAAGGGCUUCAAGCAUUAAUUGAUUCCAUUAUUGUGCAGCCGGUAUUGGUAAAUUUGCCGACUGUUCGGAAAUUUUUCUGUCUUGAUCAAGCUCCAGUUUAUUCUGACACUGCAGAAGAAACAAAGUCUUGGUGUGGUAUUAUUGAAGAUAGUGCAGUAAUGCUCCGGCAUCGCCUUGGUGAAAGGGAUCGCGAGGUCGAGCUACUAAGAGCAGAGCUUGCGCUUGUUACCACACAGAAAGAUAAUCUCAUUAAGAUGGUCAGGAAUUGCAAAAGUUGCUGCCAAAAACAGUUAUUGCUUUCUUCCUCUUUCAAUCUGUGUUGUUCACCAUCACAUCUUCCUCCUACAACUUUGCCUUCGAGUGGAUCUUCUUCGGAACAAGGAAGCCCACGCCAUCACAAGACAGAGAUAUCAUCUCACGGAAAUACGAUUCUUUCGACAAAACAUAGAAAAAGUUCCACUUCAAGCAGGACUUCAAGCAGCAUCCAAAGUGAUGUAUUUCGUUCAAGAUGUGUACAAGAACAACACUUAUCCAAUGGUUCGUUUGAGAAUGAAUCAAAUUCUAAUUUGACAAUCAGUGUAUCAGAUAAUCAAUCGCAUAUGCAGAAUCCAAAUAAUCCUUCCUCCAUAACAUAAAUGGUAUCUAAUUAGAGAUUUUACAGUUUGCGGCCUAUAUGCAUUUAAGUACUCGAUUCUUCCAAUGGCAAGAUAUGAUACAUAAAUGUGUGUGACCUUCUCAUUGAGCUGUUAAUUACAAACUAAUUCAAGGUAUUAUUAAAUUAGUCAUAAUUUAAUUAUAGAUACAUGUCAAGUUCCGAUUUUUGCAGGUUUGGUACAAUCGUUAAUAAUUCCUGUAAUAAUUUGCUGCGUGUAACUCCUAGGCAUGUCAUCUAAAUAAUAUGAUUUGUUAAUGAAUUUGACAAUAAUUACUACCUCAUAAAGCAACUACACUUAUAUAACGCUACCGUUGAAUGCUGUGAUAUACUACAAUUGACAUACAAGUGUGUUUAAUAUUACGUGUUUUUGAUUUGGUUAUAAUGAAUUAAUCUGUGUUCUUUCUCAUGUAUAAAUUAAAAUAAAUUCUUUGAUUGUACGGUGAAAUUAGUACGUUAGUUGGCAAACCGCUGAAGUCUGAAAGCUUUCAAAAAAUUUAACUUGUCUUGAAUUUAAUUCAAUCUGUAAAAUGUGUGAAACAUCAGGCAAGUAAUAAAUUACUUUAGUGAAUCAUGAUGAUUUGACGCUUUAUACAAAUUGUUCUGCUGAAAUGUUAAUGAUUCAAUUCUCUCUCGCAUGGACGUGUUUACUUUAUGUAAUUAAAAGAUUCACUUUAGA